GCGCGCCACAAGUGUUCAGAUAUAGGACCGUCGCAACAGUUCGCGUGCCACCAUCAGYGCAUGUGUGGUCAGACGCCGCCGCUGUCGCUUACUGAAGGCCCUCACAAUACGCUUAACCGCGUAGACGCGCUCGGCGUUAUCUUUUGCCGUCGUCGUCGUCGUACUUGAGUACUUUGACCGUUACUUUUCGUCUUUACGAAAAAUGCUCGUGUGAGUGUUGUUUAUAAAUAACAAUAUUGUAAUAUACCUAGUGAAAGCAACCGUUAAAUGUUCACAAAAGCGCAGUAAAACGACUGCGUCACGUCCGCAAUUAUWAUAAUAAUAAUAUUAUUUAUAUCGCGUUGACAAUAAAAUAUUUUAAUAUCACGUGCGUGCGAGAUGUCAACUACCGACCGAGUGUUCGAACGGCGGAUCGUGUCCAAGCGAAGGACGUCCGCUAACCUGGAGGAUGAGCCGGAAAAGCAGUGUCCGAACGGUUGGGCCAGCGUCGUGGCGGCCGCCGCGGCAGCCGCGUCGUCUUCGUCGUCGACGUUACGGCAAAAGGCGGCCGCCUGCAAGAGCUCGCAGAGGAAGUCGUUCCAACCACAUCCCGAUUCCAUUUGCGAUUGGUUCUUUAAGGUGAUGGUACUUGGCGAUUCCGGAGUUGGGAAGACUUGCCUGUUGGUCCGUUUCAGGGACGAUAUGUUCUUGGGUGGAAAUUAUAUUUCUACUGUUGGUGUAGAUUUCAGGAAUAAAAUUAUAUCUGUGGACGACUCCAAAGUUAAACUACAGAUUUGGGACACUGCAGGUCAAGAACGAUUUAGGAGUGUAACACAUGCAUAUUAUAGAGAUGCUCAUGCACUUUUACUUUUGUACGAUGUAACUAACAAAGUAAGUUUUGACAACAUACGAGCGUGGUUGAGCGAAAUUCGAGAUUAUGCUAAUGAUCAAGUAGUMAUAAUGUUAAUAGGAAAUAAAGCGGAUUGCAAUCCAAACGAUAGAAUGGUGAAAAGAGAAGACGGAGAACAAUUGGCCAAGGAAUAUUCAGUCACAUUUAUGGAAACAUCUGCUAAAUCUGGUUUUAAUGUCGAAAUUGCUUUUAUGGCUGUUGCAAGGGAGUUAUUAUUCAAAAAAACAGGGAUAGAAAAAAAAGGAUCUUUUAAUGUACAAGAUUAUGUAAAAGAACAAACAAAAUCCAAUUGCCCAUCAUGCUCUACAGCAUAAUACAUUUUAUGGUGAAGUAUAAAGGUUAAAAUUACUCAAUGUAAUCAAUAAAAUAAUUCCAAAAUAAAAAUAUGAAUGAGUCAAAAUGGAACAAUUUUAAUUAAAUUACCUGUGUAUUCAUGUAAUAUAAUUUUAAGCUUGAGCAUUCUUUGUUAAGAAUGGUAUGUAUAUGCAUAUACGGAUUUAUAUUACAAAUUUUAUAAAUACAAUUAAAUUAUUGAAAUGCUUGUUUCAUUGUUGAACAUGCAAUAUAUUUAUUAGAAAGCAAUGAAACCAUACUUUUUGUUUUUCUGUGUUGGCGUUUGUUUAUUGAAUAAAAUUAUUCUGUUCAAAUAAUUUGUCAAACACUCGAUAUCAUGAUUAUAUACCGUAUAACGUCCGCACCAAAUUGUAAUUGUAGUUCAUAUAAUUACUUAAAAUUGUCUGUGUUCAAACUCCAAACUAAACCCAUUAAUUUACGGAAAUUACGAAUAUUGCACAUUUAGUAGAAUGUAAACGCUUGCUAGUCCCUACAGGUCCUAAUCCUUGGUAUCUAGACAUUAAUAUUAUUGUAUAAUACAUCAACGUUACAUAGCCGUAUAAUGUUAUUAAAACGUGAAGUCAACACAGGGAACAAAAAAAUAUGAUUUCCACCAAUUGAAAAUUAGUGCUGAUAUAAUGUUACUUCAGGUAUUGUAUUCAUUAUAAUAUUACACCUGACAUAUUUAAGUAUUAACUAUGGUAUAGGUACUGAAAUUUUAAUAAAGUUAAAGUUCCCAAAAUGUAGAUAAAAAUGGUACCUAUAUUAUUUUCGUAAUUAAAAAUAACUGUGUUUAUAACUAUAAUUAACUAUAAAUUACGGUCAUGCUGAUUCUAUGACUUAACUACGUUUAAYAGACUGAUUCAUUAUUAAUCUGUAUUCAAAUAUGAAAAUAAAAAUAUCAGUUUAAUGAUUAAAAAGUUAAUCUGUAGGACUGUAGCCUAUAGCUUGAAUCUAUUUAAUACGCUUAUUUUUAGUAUUAUAAACUAUAAUUGUUAAUAUUUACGUAACAAUCUACUACUCGUAUUAUACAAAAAUUGAUCUAGACGUU